AUGCUUCCCAAAAGAUUUCUUCAUCAUUUGCCCAUUGAAUGCUUCCCAAAAGCUUUCUUCAUCAUUUGCCCAUUGAAUGCUUCCCAAAGAUUUCUUCAUCAUUUGCCCAUUGAAUGCUUCCCCAAAAGAUUUCUUCAUCAUUUGCCCAUUGAAUGCUUCCCCAAAGAUUUCUUCAUCAUUUGCCCAUUGAAUGCUUCCAAAAGCUUUCUUCAUCAUUUACCCAUUGAAUGCUCCCCAAAAGCUUUCUUCAUCAUUUGCCCAUUGAAUGCUUCCCAAAGAUUUCUUCAUCAUUUGCCCAUUGAAUGCUUCCCCAAAGAUUUCUUCAUCAUUUGCCCAUUUCUUCAUCAUUGCUUCCCCAAAGAUUUCUUCAUCAUUUGCCCAUUGAAUGCUUCCCCCAAAGAUUUCUUCAUCAUUUGCCCAUUGAAUGCUUCCCCCUCAAAGCCCAUUUCUUCAUCAUUUGCCCAUUGA